GUUGUUUUAAUUAAUUUGGUGUUCGCUAACUACUGCAUUGAAAAAGAUGAAAAAAAUCCAUGUUAUGUUGAAAACAAAGCAUUUAGCUUUUUGGUAGUGGUAUAUAAACUUGAACCACGUGUGUGUAUAUAUAUAAAUGCGUGUGUGUGUGAUUAAAUGUGGCAGUGCGAGAAUGAAAGUAGCUUUGUCAAUCGUAGUGUGUGGGCUUUAUAAAACUUUGUGACGCUCGAAAUGUUUAUUUGUUUUUCGAAAAUUGUAUAUUUCAACAAAACGUGGCUUUUUGCGGCGGUAAGUCACAUUGCUUUGUUUGUAACUAAGCGUCUCCAAGCCGAUACGUCAUAAUACAACUGCUAAUGGAUUGGUCGCUUUGUUCUAUAAAAGAUAUGACAUUUACCGAAAAAGACGUAUUAUUCGUGCGGGUGUUAUUUUAGUUGUGCUUCACUGCGAUGAAAUGGGGCAAUCUGCAAAUGGCCGCUUACCAUCUGUUCUAUAUCGCAUACAUAAAAGCAACGACAGCCUGAAAACAAUACGAUUAGGGUUCCUAAGAUUUCUCAACAACCAAGCAGAAAUUUAUAUAAUAUUUUAAACAAUAUAUGCUCCUAUAUAUAUAAUGCUUUUAUUUGUUUUCCCACUCUAGGUUAUAAGAUAGCUUGCCAACUUCAUGUCCCCUCUCAGAACAUGAAACUCUGAAACAUGGAAAACACGAUAUCUUCUCGUGUCUCCAUAGUAAGCGACGAACCAGAGGAAUUAUCAAAAACUCUGGACUCGGAUUCGGCGACAAGAUCACUAUGCUCGAGCCCGUACUCGCAAAAGUUGUUAACCCUAUCCCCGCGGACGUCGAAAGGCAACUAUAAGUUUAAUUUGUCGCCAGACUUUCGGAUUGCGAGUUCGGGUGAGACUGGGCUUGGCGCAACAAUAUGUUCUGGAGAGUCAAGCUCUUCAUCGAACGAUUCAGGCUACCUAACAACACCUAUAGAGAUGCAUACACAGUUCGACUUCCAUAGAAAACCUUCAAUGGAAACGGAAUCGAACGCCGAUGACAUUGAUUUUUUCUUACAAGUCGUCGGAGUUUUUCGAGAUUACAUCGCUGAUCAAAUCUGUAUUUUGGAAUCUCGGUUUAAAGAGAAUAAACAAAAUCUGGAUGUGCUGCAAGGCCAGCUGAAAGCUAACGAAAAUGUAGCAUCUCAACAGGAAACUCAACUGGUUCGAGAUUUCUCCAAUUUAAUUUCACUUUUGCAUCAGAAACAGUCAGAACUUCAAAGGUUGCUUAAGAGACAAAGUGUUGAGGUUGGCGAGAAAAUCCGAGGACAAUCGGACAUUUGUCGAGGAAACAUUAAGAUGGUUUCCGGGAUUUUGAACUUUGCCAAGCGACUCCGGAAUGAGUCUGGGGAGAGCAUGAGGGAAAAUGCUGUUCGGGAGUUUAAACAACGUUUGCUAUCGGCGAAUGAUCUUCCAACAGCCGAUCUCAACAUUGCAAGUGAUUCACCAUCUCGUAUUAAUCUGGAAGCAAUAUCUAAACUCAUACAAAACAUUCAAUUUCAAUCAGUUCAAGGUAAAGAAUUGAAAGUGGAGAGAAACGGUACAACCACCAACGAUAAAUGUAACAAAUGUAAGAUGAUCCCUCCUGCAAUACUGGCUGCUCAAUCUGAUGAUGACAUCACAAAAACUUCAUUAACCGUUCGGUGGACAUGCUGUGCUAACUGUGAAAGUGAAUAUGGGUUGAAGUGGUCGUAUAAAUUAAAGAUAAGACAAUUGAAAAAAGUAAAGAAAAUGUGACUGCUACAAGUUAUGUAAUACAUGAGUUGCCAUCAAAUGUAGAAGUCACAGUAAACGUUCGUCAUUCAAAUGAUGAAACAAACACAAGUUGGAGCCCUUGUGCAAUAUUUAAAACCAAACAAUCACCAGCAAACUUCAGUUUCGAUGUGAACACCGCUCAUGUGAAACUAAAAUUGUCACCUGAUGCAAAGAGUGUUUUCUACCCGGGGGAUGAUUACAACAACGCAAGUCCCAAGUCUCCAUCGCGUUUUACUUUCGCUCUCAAUGUUUUGGGAAAUAUUUCAUUUUAUUCUGGAAGGCAUUACUGGGAAGUCCAGGUGAACAGAGAUGGUUGGGCAGUAGGUGUUGCAUAUAGAGGAGUGCCUCGUAAUAGUUGGUUGGGAAGUAACAACUCAUCAUGGAUCUUGCAUUACAAUCCUGCAAGAUUUGAAUAUAAAGUGCGGCAUGCGGGUGAAGCUGUUGAAAUAAUACCAAAGUUGAGCAAUUCACUUGCUUACUUGAAACGAGUUGGAAUCUUUAUUAAUUAUGAAGCAGGUCUUGUAAAGUUUGUUGAUUGCGUAAACAAGGAGAUCAUGCAUACGUACAUGGUUGAGGCGUUUGAACAACCUUUAUGUGCAGCAGCAAACCCCUUCUACCACGGUGGAUGCCUCACCUUGCUUUCUGGUCUUGAUAUCCCAAACUUCAUCACUGAAGUGUGAUUACCUUGUUAAAAACUGUUUAUUUUUGCAGCUGUUGUAGGCUACAUGUUGUUUUAUAUUUAAUAUAUUUAAAUAUUCACUUCACUUAAUGUUGCCAUCAUGUUAUUUCAUUCCAAAUGUCUGUUUUCAUUGAUUUUUGUGUCUCAUUCCCGUGAUAUCAUAAAUUGCUUGUUUUCAAUGUUUAUGAAUUUAGACAACUUAUCAAAGGUACACGAUUGCUUUGCUUAUUUUUUGUUUCUUUUCUCCCAUCCAGUGUUAUACUUUUCUUUUUGCAUGGUGAUGAUCAUUUUGUGGCUGCAUAACUGUAAUUGCAAGCAAUAAAGAUUGUACAUAUUGAGCUAAACAUUGGUUCCACGUCAGAAUUAGGCAACAACUGAUUUUAACUAGAAUUCUUUGUUUUAACCCAGCGUCUAGCAAAGUGAACAGGAUGCCUGUCAUUAACCCAGAGCUUUACGGGUUCAAGGCUCACCACUGCUACCAUUAUGAGCGUUUGGGUUCAUGGUCAAGCCAUUUUACAACCAUUGCUUUAACCCCAUGCUCCUUUAUAGUAGGUCUAAAUUCUCAGAAGUACACUAAAACAAUUUCCAAAAAUAACUUCCCUCUCAAAGUUAUAUACGUGGUAACUCGUAAGCGGGCACAAGGUAAAUGAGACAGAACACCCGGGUUAUAACGAGAAGUUAUUGUAAAAAUUUGCUUCCUUUUAAAUCAUAUUUACUGACGCUAUGGCAGAGUGGUUAGAGCACUAGUCUUGUAACCGAAGGAUGCCGGGUUGAAGGCCCUGUGAUGCUACAUGAUGUGGAUACAUAUGUUCUUGGUAAAAACACAUGAAAUAUUUGCUGCAACCAAGUGGUUUAGAUUGUCACCAUACAUAAAAUAAUUAAAGAUGUCAAAAAAAUAAAGCAAACACAAAUUUAUCUAUGCAGCAACAGCAGGCACGAGGUGCAUAAAACAAAAUAAAAUAACAACUGGUGUUGCCUUGCCACGAAGAUAAAUAAGUUACAUUCAUUCGUUUAAUCACUUCCUCACAAAUCUAGCUUCUAUCACACGGUGUAUAAAAGUCUUGAUAUAACUGUUGCAAUAUCUAUUAAAAAUGAGUUCUUUAAAUAAAGUUUAAAAAUCAAACUAAUGCAUGCAAUGAUUAGUAGAUGUUUAUUUUCAGAUUUUUAAACAAUAAUCGAUGAUAUUGAAAUAAUAUUAUAGAUAAGCUAUUAUGACCAAGUUUUCUCUGAAAUGGAUCUACUGGCAUUUUUUUGUUUGUGGUCUUAGAAGAUACAGGCUCAAGACUUAAUGCUGCUACAAUUGUGAGAAUGUGUGUUGAACAAUAUAUUUAACAGGAUGACAUCAUAACCUGAUGAUGUCACACUGUACGGCACAAAUAAAAUCUCGGCCCUUUAUGAAAAAAGUCAAAUCUCUUUCCGAAAUAUAAUAGUAGCUCCGUGAAUAUUA